AUGAGUGGCCUCCUCAAGAAGGAUUUCCACAGCCGCUUCUUCCAACCUCCAAUGACACUGCAGGACAAGGUGGUUUUGCCCUCUAGAGGGAACUAUAACAUCACCCUCCAGUUGGCAGUUGUGAUGUGCUGUGUUACAGUAUGUGACGGGACCCCGGACCCCAGUAAGAGGGAGACGAUGUUGCACCAGGAGGCCUCCAGGCAGACAGGAGGCCGCGUGCAGUUGACAGGGGCAGAGCAGCGGCUCGACACACACCUUCACAAGCUAAAAGAACAAGAGAUGGCUGCAGCCCAGUUCCCUCCUGCCAUUCACUUCUUCAAGGCACGGCCCCUCAUCCAUAGGAGUCCCAUCUUUAGCCUGCUGCGAAUGAUGCCCAAAGGGGCAGCCCUCCAAAUCCACAGCUCAUCCCUGGUUGAUUGGCUGGUGAAGAACAUCACAUACAGGCCCCAUUGUUACAUCUGCUUCACAUGGGGCAGGUCUGUACGGUUCGUCUUCUCUACCUGGGACUGCCUCUACUGGCAACUGUUGAAGACCUUGAGAGCCAACAUGGCGGAUCCUACAGACAUUUGUAUUUUUGGAUGUUUUUCCAGCUUGAUGCAAAACCUCACACUAUCCAAUGAUGAUCCAAACACUACCUACCCGAGCCAGGAUGCAGUGUGGGAGAGAUUUGAGAUGGCAUUCGUGGCCAUAGCUGGGCUGGUCAGCUACUUUCGCAGACCAUGAGGGCACUGAAGUGGAUGAAAGCAUUCUGAAUGCCCUACUGUUCAACAUCACACGUAUUGGGAAUGGGUGUUAGGUAUGCGUAACUGGCUGUAAGGGAGUCAGAUGCAGGAGAGCAGAAGUUGGGCAGCCAGAGGAACCUUUUAUUUCGGAGAACAAAACACAAAACACACGGCACUAAGAACACUAAACACAAAAUGCGUUGACAUAACCCAGCGCAAACCAGUCUAACGUGCACAUACACGAAACAACUCCCCACACAGACAUGGGGGGAACAGAUGGUUAUAUACAUGUCUAAUACUGAGGGAAUUGAAACCAGGUGUGUAG